CGUCGCCGUCGUCUCUCUCUCUCUCUCUCUCAUUUGCCGAUCGUGAAUCGGAGUUUUCUGAGCUCAAACCCUAAAAAUCUCCAUUGAAGCGGCUUGAAGAAAUCCAGAAUUCAGUCAACAUGAGAGAUGGGGCUGGACCUAGCACGGGAAAGGAGAAAUCAAAUGGUUAUCAAAAGAUGGACAUAGAUUUCGAAGAUCUUGAGUUUGAUGAAGAGGAAGAUGAAUUUGACGAGCCACUCGAUGAAGCUGCUUUACAAGAAAUGAAUCUGAGCAAAAAGAAAUUGGGUGAUUUUUGCAAAAAAGUAGGCACCUCAUUUUUUGACAAGUAUGGUCUGAUAAGUCACCAGAUCAAUUCAUACAAUGACUUCAUCAAACAUGGAAUCCAGAAAGUGUUUGACUCCAUUGGAGAUAUUGUAGUUGAGCCUGGAUAUGAUCCAUCAAAGAAGGGUGACAGUGACUGGAGGUAUGCAUCCAUAAAGUUCGAGAAGCCGACCCUUGCCCCACCAACUUAUUACCUUAGCGAAAAGUUCUCCCAAGAUGGCUGCGACGAAUCUCCGCCAUUGUUGCCCCGACAUGCCCGCCUUCAGUUCAUGACAUAUGCGGCUAGGAUAACAGUUCAGGCUCAUGUUAAGGUCUACACUAAAAGACGAGUCCGAAGUGACAAGUUUAAAACUGGAGUAGACCAGUAUGUUGCAGAUGAUUGCCUGUCAGAGGAUUCUACAACUGUUGGCAUAGGGAGUAUACCCGUGAUGGUCAACUCGGACCUCUGCUGGAUGAGUAAAGCAAACAAGAAGCCAGAUUGUGAAUUUGAUCAUGGUGGAUAUUUUAUCGUCAAAGGGGCGGAAAAGACCUUUAUUGCUCAGGAGCAAAUAUGCUUAAAAAGACUUUGGGUAGCUAACAUUCCAAAUUGGAUGGUUUCAUACCGCCCGGUUGCGAAGAGGAACAGAGUGUACAUAAAGCUGAUAGAUUCCUCAAAAGUUGAAAACGUGGCUAGUGGAGGGGAAAAAGUCCUGAAUGUGUAUUUUUCUGUGGUAGAAAUGCCUAUUUGGAUAUUCUUCUUUGCGCUUGGUGUAUCCUCAGAUAAAGAGGUGGUCAACUUGUGUGAUGUAGAUGUGGAGGACACUGAUAUCGUGAAUAUAAUUGUUGCUUCCAUACACGACGCUGAUAAUAAGUGUGAGUCCUUCAGAAAACAGCAAGUAGCUCUGAAUUAUGUUUCUGAACUAAUGAAGAGCUGUAAAUUUCCUCCUCAAGAAUCUAUAGAAGACUGCAUAAACAACUUCCUGUUCCCUAAUCUCAACAGCUUUAAGAAGAAAGCGCGCUUUCUUGGCUAUAUGGUGAAAUGCCUCCUUCAGGCUUAUACUGGUCGGAGGAAAGUGGACAACAGAGAUGAUUUUAGAAAUAAGAGGAUGGAACUUGCUAAUGAGCUGCUUGAACGAGAGCUCAGAGUGCACCUUAAACAUGCAGAGAGGCGUAUGACCAAAGCAAUGCAAAGAGAUCUGUAUGGAGAUAGAGAGUUGCAUCCGAUUGAACACUAUUGGGAUGCAUCAAUAGUUACUAAUGGUCUUUCCAGGGCGUUUUCUACUGGAGCAUGGACACAUCCAUACAAGAGAAUGGAGAGGGUAUCUGGUGUGGUGGCAAACCUUAGACGAACUAACCCGUUGCAAAUGACGGCUGAUAUGAGGAAAACACGCCAGCAAGUGUCAUACACUGGCAAAGUUGGUGAUGCUAGAUAUCCGCAUCCAUCACACUGGGGGAAAGUUUGCUUUCUCUCUACCCCAGAUGGAGAAAACUGUGGGCUGGUAAAAAACUUGGCCAGUUUGGGUCUUGUCAGCACAAACAUUGUGGAACCGUUUCUUGAUAAGCUCUUUGGUUGUGGAAUGGAAUCACUGGUGGACAAUACUUCAACAAUACUUCACAGGAAGCACAAAAUAUUUCUUGAUGGAGAUUGGGUAGGAGUAUGCGAAGAUCCUGUAUAUUUUGCCUUGAAACUAAGGCGUAUGCGGCGCAGGGGUGAAGUGCCACUUCAGGUUGAAAUCAAGCGGGAUGAACAGCAAAAGGAAGUCCGUAUAUUUUCUGAUGCUGGGCGAAUUAUGAGACCUCUUCUUGUUGUUGAAAAUCUAAAGAAGGUUCAACUUCUCAAAGAUGGAGAGUCCUUUCAAUCUUUUCUGGACAAUGGGAUUGUCGAACUCAUUGGUGCAGAAGAAGAGGAAGAUUGUAGAACUGCUUGGGGAAUCAACUAUCUCUUGGAGGGAAGCAAGGAGAACCCUCCGGCUAAGUACACACAUUGUGAGCUUGACUUAUCAUUCCUGUUGGGUUUGAGCUGCGGGAUUAUUCCUUUUGCCAACCAUGAUCAUGCAAGGAGGGUUCUAUACCAGUCAGAGAAGCAUAGUCAGCAAGCCAUUGGGUUCUCCACUUUGAACCCAAGCAUUAGAAUAGAUACAAAUACUCAUCAAAUGUAUUAUCCUCAGAGGCCUCUUUUUCGUACCAUGCUGUCUGAUUGCCUUGGAAAGCCCAAAGAUCCCCAUUAUCAUAAAUCAAUGCUUCCACGGCCUGAGUUCUACAAUGGACAAUGUGCAAUCGUGGCAGUCAAUGUUCACCUUGGAUACAACCAAGAGGACUCUUUAGUGAUGAAUCGUUCUUCUUUGGAGCGGGGUAUGUUCAGGUCAGAGCAUAUUAGAAGUUACAAGGCUGAGACUGAAAGUAAGGAAGGCAUGGGGAAAAAAGCAAAAUUUGAAGAUACAGUGGUGUUUGGGAAGACACAAAGUAAAAUAGGACGUGUUGACAGUCUGGACGAUGAUGGAUUUCCAUUCAUCGGUGCAAACCUUCAGAGUGGUGACAUUGUAAUUGGGAAAUAUGCAGAUUCAGGGGCUGAUCAAAGUGUAAAACUGAAGCAUACUGAAAGAGGCAUGGUUCAGAAGGUCAUUCUCUCUACUAAUGAUGAUGGAAAGAAUUUUGCUGUUGUGUCUUUGAGACAGGUUCGUUCUCCUUGCCUUGGAGACAAAUUUUCAAGUAUGCAUGGGCAGAAGGGUGUUCUUGGUUUUCUGGAAUCUCAAGAGAAUUUCCCUUUUACGGUGCAAGGGAUAGUCCCGGACAUAGUUAUAAACCCACAUGCAUUUCCUUCACGUCAAACACCGGGCCAACUUCUUGAAGCAGCCUUGGGAAAGGUCAUUUCCUUAGGAAAGCACAUUGGCCACCGAGCAGAUCUGAAAUAUGCUACGCCAUUCUCCACUCCAUCAGUUGAUGAAAUUACAAGGAACCUUCAUAGUCUUGGGUUCUCAAGAUGGGGAAACGAGAGAGUAUACAAUGGACGGACGGGCGAAAUGAUCCAGUCCCUAGUUUUCAUGGGCCCAACAUUCUACCAGCGGCUCACCCACAUGGCAGAGGACAAAGUGAAGUUCCGGAACACGGGGCCCGUCCAUCCCCUUACCCGCCAGCCCGUGGCUGACCGGAAGCGUUUUGGAGGGAUCAAAUUCGGGGAGAUGGAACGCGAUUGCCUCAUAGCCCAUGGUGCUGCUGCAAACCUCCACGAACGGCUCUUCACGCUCAGCGACUCUUCCCAGAUGCACAUAUGCAGGAAGUGCAAGAACAUGGCGAACGUGAUCCAGCGCCCGGUUGUGGGCGGGCGUAAGGUCAGGGGUCCCUAUUGCAGGUUCUGUGAAUCUGUGGAGGACAUUGUGAGGGUGAAUGUGCCCUAUGGGGCAAAGCUUUUGUGUCAGGAGCUCUUCAGUAUGGGCCUGUCACUGAAAUUUGACACUGAGGUGUGCUGAGAGAGCAAAGCAGCUGUAGGGGUAGUUUUUGUAACAAUUCAAGGAAUUGUUGUGGAAGUGUUGUUGUCUUUAAUCUUAUUUUGCUUUGUGCCUUAUUAUUAUCAAAACUCUUAUUUAAAGGAAAUUGGAUCAAAACACUACGAAGUAUGGACGACUGAACAAAAAUGUUACUCCCUC